AUGGCCGGAGGUGGCGGAGGAGGGCGUUCUUUGGAUGUGACGCCAACGUGGGCCGUCGCUGUUGUCUGCUUUGCGUUGGUUGCUGUAUCAAUCAUCAUUGAAUAUCUAAUUCACCUCCUUGGAACGUGGUUAAAAAAAAACCACAAGCGAGAUCUGUACGAAGCACUCGAAAAGAUCAAAGCAGAACUGAUGCUGCUGGGAUUCAUGUCAUUGCUGCUAAUAGUAGUACAAGGACCCAUUUCAAAGAUAUGUAUACCCAGGAGUGUUGGAGCCUCUUGGCAUCCUUGUAGGGUAGAGGAAGAAGACGAUGAGACAGAAGAUGAAAAUACAUGUGGAGAGGGUAAGGUACAAUUUGUGUCUGAAGAUGCACUCCACCAACUCCAUAGAUUCAUAUUUGUGUUAGCCCUUUCUCACGUGGUCUACUGUAUUACCACCUUGGCUUUGGGUAGACUCAAGAUGAGGAAAUGGAAGGCCUGGGAGGAUGAAACAAAGACAAUUGAGUACCAGUACUACAAUGAUCCUGAGAGGUUCAGGUUUGCUAGGGAGACAUCGUUCGGACGUCGGCAUUUGAGUUUCUGGAGCAAGUCACCAAUUCUCCUUUGGAUUGCACAUUUAGCACCUCAAAGUCAGGUGGUGUUUGAUUUCCAGAAAUACAUCAGUAGAUCACUUGAAGAGGAUUUCGCAGUUGUUGUGGGGAUCAGCCCUAUAUUAUGGCUUUUUUCAAUGGUGUUCAUCGUGUCCAACACGCAUGAAUGGUACUCGCAUUUUUGGCUGCCAUUUAUUCCUUUGAUUGCACUCCUGUUGGUGGGGGCGAAACUGCAGGUGAUAAUAACAAAGAUGGGACUCAGAAUUCAAGCCAGAGGAGAAGUUGUGAAGGGUACACCGGUAGUUGAGCCAGGGGAUGACCUCUUCUGGUUCAACCGUCCUCGUCUCAUUCUCUUCUUGAUUCACUUUGUACUCUUUCAGAAUGCAUUCCAGCUCGCCUUCUUUGUGUGGAGUUGGUAUGAAUUUGGCUUGCGGUCUUGCUUCCACGAGACCAAAGAAGAUAUAGCCAUCAGGCUCUCAAUGGGUUGUCUUGAUUGUUCUUGCUUUGCUUUGCAGAAUGCAUUCCAGCUCGCCUUCUUUGUGUGGAGUUGGUAUGAAUUUGGCUUGCGGUCUUGCUUCCACGAGACCAAAGAAGAUAUAGCCAUCAGGCUCUCAAUGGGGGUCAUCAUACAGUUUGUGUGCAGCUAUGUGACUCUCCCCCUCUAUGCCUUAGUGACACAGAUGGGAUCAACCAUGAAACCCACCAUCUUCAGUGAGCAAGUGGCGACGGGGCUGAAGAACUGGCGCCACAACGCAAAAAUCCACGCAAAAUCUGGCCAGCUCUCGGAGAAUACAACACCAUUGUCGAGUAGAACUGCAUCUCCACUUCAUGGCAUGUCCCCAUUUCCUCUAUUGCAGAACUACCAAAACAAUGCUGUUGACAGCCUUGACAUAUCAGCAAGGACAUCAGGCUUCGAAAAUGAAGGCGGAGGAGCUGAGGAGUCGCCUUCCCCAAGCAACCACGAUAUUGAAAGCUCUACAAGAAAUGCAUAUAAUGAUCAACAAGAGAUAGAAAUACACGAACCAAUCUCAACGCAACAGGCUCAGGCAACAUGGUCCAGUCACACCCGACACGAAACUGAGAUCAGCUUAACAGAUUUUUCAUUCAUCAACAAGGAAUAA